AUGGAUACACAAGCAGCCUUGGAGGAAGGCAUUGCCGAUGACAUUUACGAGCCCAAGCUGCACUGCUCCGUCACCCACCACAUGUUUCUUCCUCACGAGAUUUUCGCUUCGCUGCAUGAUGCUGGUCAUGCGGAUUUGCUCUACGAGAGCACUCAGCAUGUUCGGGAUUACUGGGCAGAUCAAGAUCAGCAGUGGUGCCGGGAUCAUCCGAUCCUGAGUAAUGCAUCCGACUGGGGAGACUGUGUUCCGCUACGCCUCUAUGGCGAUGGGGCAGAGUUCACCAGCAGCCCAUUUCAGAAAUUCGAGAUGUUCUGCUUGAUCUCACCGCUUAGUAGAUCGUCCACGAUGGAUGGCAGAUUCUUGUUAUCAUGCUUGAACAUGAUGUAUCACAGCGAUGAAUCAAGAUGGGCUAUUCUAGAAGUUUUGUCCUGGUCUAUGGAAUCGCUAGCAAGCGGCCGGUAUCCCUCAACCGAUGCUUGGGGACGAUUGUUCAGCAACGAGUACGAACCCCUCCGGUGGAAGGUCGCAGGGCGCCCAUUAGCAGGCGGAAAGUGCGGAAUCCUUGACGGCUUCCAGGCCGACCUUGAAUUCAUCAAGAAAAUUUUUUUCUUGAAGCGAACCUCAGCUUCAUUAUAUUUUCGCUAA